AGAUUUGGCGGCUAUAAGACGACUCUUAGAACAAGAACACACAACUGGAACAACGUGUCCUAGCUGUGAGAUGCCCUUCGACAAAGGCAAAAAGAGGCGUCUCAUAGAUAAUUGUGGCCAUGAGAGGUGUUAUUCCUGCAUGUUCACCAACGAAGCUUGUCCACUCUGUGGCAUUAAUGGAUCUACAAUAGAAAAAAAUGGACCAAUAAAAACCGAUCUAGGCUGUAAUGGACUCAGAGGCUCAGAAAUAACUUUAUACGGAGAGACACAACAGAUCAACCUUGACAAACAAGAUAAAAUACCACCUAGAACCAAAGUAAAAACCAAUGGCCAUUUCACAACUUUCAUGCAGAGCCGCCAGAAUUUAUCAACAUCUGGCGUCGAGGUCGGCCACCCGGAAAAAUUACCAAAGACACGUCCCUCUAACCCGAGACACAGGCCGCCCGAUCAGGGGGUCAUGACCCAGAGUUGCCCCACACCACCCCAAGCGAGAAAAAAGUUUUUCCUCAGCCCUAAAGUCCUGAGGAGUCCGCUCUCGAACAGAAACAACAGGCCCCAAGACUCGGCGUUGUCAG